UAACUUGCGGUCACAUAUCAACUCCAACUCGCCUUGUCUCUCCCUUUGCAGCUUCGCAAGGAAUUCUCGUUUGCUUAGUUCCGGCUUGACUUUGAAACUUGCAUUCCAGAGUUUGCACCUCAAUCGAAGCAACAUUUUACUUUCUUAUCCACACUCAACGGUUGUAUUCCGCCAACCUAGCAAGCUGUUUCUACACGCCAUCCUGGGUCAUACAUCAACUCUAUGAAAACAAGGUGUAGUUAAGGUAGACCGCCUAGGCCAGCCUCGAGGGAAAUGGAGCCCGUUCCUGAGACCGAGCGAAUGGAGGAGUUCCGCCCAUCUCCUUUGCCUAUUGUACGUCUACAUCAGCCGGCUGCGAUCAAUACUACCGAUUUGGAUCCCAGUCGCAAACCUCCCACCCUCCGUCGAUCGACCGAGCCUCCGUCGCCGAGCUCGCCAUCUUGGACAAGUGUCAAUGCUCUCCCGUAUCGACCCCGAACCACAUCGCCUUUGUCUGGCGGCCAUGGACGAUCUAAGUCGGUUGCUAGUCUCGCACCUCCGAUCUCAGGCCGCACACGCUCUAUGCCAGGUGUUGAUGGUUCGGGUCGAAUACUCUAUCCACCAUUUCGUCCGGACAGUCCUUCGAGCUCCCCUAACAGAAACCGAACAUCGAGGAAGCCAGUCGAUGAAGCCUAUCCCCCGAUUUCACCUAUUCGCUCGACUGUUUUGGAGGGCGAGAAGCGGCACGUUGAGCUGAGCAACUCGACGAACCCUGGUGUUACAACUUGGAGCAACCCUACCCACAGACGGACGACUUCGCCCUUACGAUUCUCGGCAUACUCUACGCCGAGCGCUACCUCGUCUCUUCCCGGAACGCCAGCCACCGCGGGCUCACCUUUAUUCAGACCUGAAAGUCUGUCGAAUAGUUACACCUUCCCUUCCUAUUAUCCAUCGUCGUCUAUCCCAUCAACACCGAGUUCCAUGAGAUCCCGCAGUCCUAGCAUUUCAAGCCUAGAGACUAUCCCCGAUUCUCCGGACGCUGAAGAAGCUGCGUUGGAAGCCGACAGAAUUGCCCAGUUGAAAGCUGCUGCGGAGGCCGCAGAGGAUGGAGAUUCUGGAGAGUCGAAGGGUCGGGGUAGUCUGGAUGUGCCUAUCCGUGGAAGAACGCUAGGCAUCGGAACUAGGGACAAGCGCAAACGCUGGAGUGUCUGCGGAGCCGAACGACGCGGCGAUCUAGAUUUGGAGACGAUAUGGGAGGAUUAAGAACACUACGCCCCUUAGUGGAUUUUAGUGGAGGACUGCCGUUGCACGGCGCGAGACAAGGCAUAAAAGGCGGGUCCUGGUCCGGUUUGCAAGCAUAUCUGAUUUUUCACCUCUUUUGCGGUCAGGAAGGGCAGUUAGGCGUUUCUGCAAAGGCUGCUUGAUACCCUGUUGCGUUGCAUUUCAUAAGGGGGCAUUUCAUGAUGAAGGUUAGCAAGCAUGUGUUGCUCAUUACAUAGCCUCAAUGUCAGGUCUUGAGGCGGAGAGGCAAGAGUCAGUCUUGCCUCAUCCGCUUUAUCAUUGCAAUACACUCUUAUCGUUUUAG